CCCAUACUUACAUUUGCAACGUAAAGCUAACCAUGAGCCAUUCUCCCUUGACUUCUACUUCGCGAUUCAUAGAAGCAGACGACGAUGACGAUGACGACGACCUAGACGAGCAAGACAUCCCCGGGUUCUCAGCACCAUCACCAGCCGUAGACAAGGGAAAAUCAAGGGAACCAGAACAGUUAGCCAAGCCUUCGGCAGCUCCCGCUUUGAAUCAGAACAUGACCGGCAACAUUGGUUCCAAUGGCUCGUCUAGCAGUUCCAAUAGGCAAACCGUCGGCGGCAUUCGAGUCGAGACUCGGUAUUCUGGAGCGGACACUCUUGAUGAGCCUGUCACCACCACAAUCGCACGCGACUUGUUUUCGAUAUACUCGAAGUUAGUGCAUGUUCUUUACCCUCGUAAGUCUGGUGGACGCGAAGUCCUCAGAGACUGGGAUCUUUGGGGUCCGUUGUUGCUUUGUCUAUGCCUAGGCAUCAUCUUGAGCGUGAAUGCACCAUCCAACCAAUCGCUAGGGGUAUUCACUUCCGUGGUUGUGAUCGUGUCCGUUGGCUCCCUUGUCGUGACCGUCCAGGCUAAGCUUCUUGGUGGCAGAGUAUCCUUCUUUCAAGGGCUCUGUGCACUUGGCUACUGCAUAGCGCCGUUAGAUAUCGCUGCACUUAUCUCAUGCUUCGUGCGUGUCAUCUGGGUGCGUGCGCCCGUGGCCCUGGCUGCCUGGGCUUGGUGCAUAUGGGCAUCCAUCAACUUCUUGGACGGCACAAAAAUUGAACCACAGCGCAUCUUGCUUGCUGUAUACCCACUCCUACUUUUCUACUUUGUCCUGGCGUGGAUGAUACUUAUCCAAUGAUUCAAAGAGCUGCUUCUGUGGUAACAUGCUUGUACCAAAUUUCUUGGCUCAAUGACAUGAUACUUACUACGUAGCAUGCGCCCCGAUGUGAAAAGAGCGAAUACCCACCAACUUUGCUUUGCAAGGGGACGAGGUUUGAAAGAUACAACGCUUUCCAAAACUGACUCGUCCAGACACACAUACCAGAACAUAUCUGUCCCCCUUCUCUCUCCUUGAAGCAGAAAAUAUCAUUCUCGACUCGCAAGACAUGCAAGGCUACUCGGUCUCCCGUCGCACAAACGACAAGACUGAGACGGCAUUGUGCGCAUGCACGAACUUUUAUAUGCGUGACAUUACGACUGGACAUUCAGAAUCAGUGGCUGCAUGUUUGGCGGUAUUACAUAUCUGACUAAUCGAAGUCGUGAUAAAGAUUAUGAUGUAAUGAGAACAAUUUUCG